CGCCCCGCCCCUCCACCGGCAGCCCCGCACAGUCAACCGGCGGAGGCGGCAAGAUGCCACCUGUCUCCGGGGCGAUGGAGCGGCGCUGAGCGGCCUCCGUCACUGUUACGGCGAGUGGGUUGCUUUCGCCGGAGCCGACGAGGGGAACACGGAGUCUCCUCUUGCCGAAUGAUUUUAGCCGCAGUGCCGCAGUUUGCCGUCCGACCCGAGCGAACAAUGUCACGACAGCAACAGCGGACGUCGUUCAAAGCUUUGGACGGCGCGGUGGAGGUCAAAAGCAAAUUCGAUGCAGAAUACCGUCGCUUUGCUUUCAAGAGGAACUGCCCAGGUGGCUUCCAAGAGUUCUAUACCCUCCUCCAAACUAUCCAUCGCAUCCCUGAAGUCGACAUGUUAUUGGGAUACGUAGAUGACCACGGAGACCUCCUUCCAAUCAACAAUGAUGAUAACUUCCACAAAGCUGUCUCGUCAGCAAAUCCCUUGCUUCGCAUUAUUAUAACCAAGAAAGAGGAUGAACCUGCAGUUUUCGCAACCAACUCCCUCCAGAGGCGUAAAAAAGGCCUGGGACUAACAGGACUUCGUACCGCCGGCUCAUUGUCUACCCAUUCAAAGAGCAAAAUGGGUCUCAUGAUCGGCCGACCGCAGAACUUCCGUCAAAUUUCAUCAAUUAUUGACGUGGACAUCCUACCCGAGACGCACCGCCGUGUGCGGCUCCACAAGCACGGUACCCAUAAACCCUUGGGCUUCUACAUCCGAGACGGGGCCAGUAUGCGAGUAACGCCUUACGGUGUCGAAAAGGUUCCAGGAGUGUUCAUAUCCCGCCUUGUGCGUGGUGGGCUUGCAGAGAGCACUGGGCUUUUGGGAGUUAAUGAUGAAAUUCUAGAGGUCAAUGGUAUUGAUGUUACAGGAAAAUCUUUAGACCAGGUGACAGACAUGAUGGUGGCCAACAGCCACAAUCUUAUAGUGACAGUGAAACCAGCGAACCAGAGGAACAACGUCAUGCAUCGAGGGAGUAAAACCGCAGGAAAUUCUGGUUCUUUUGGCUCAAACGGAUCGACAGGCUCCGCUCUAUCGCACGAGUCAACGAGUCCUGCCUCUCGCAGCACCCCCAUCACGGCAAGUAACAGCAUUGUAGAGGGUGACAGUGAUGAAGAAAAUGAUGAUGAUGACGAUGGUGACCUAAUCCUGGAAAGUGACUGUUUGGUGUUCUACCAAUCUCAUAACAAUACGAGCCUCACCAGUGAAAGCUUGCACAACAGCCCUGCGGUUAGAACCCUUCAACAGAGCGUCUCCAUGCCUGAAUACAUGGCAGCAAACCUGAGAGCCCGUCAAAAUGGCCACCAGAGUCACACUGCUUGCAGCAUUCAACAGAGCAUGAGAGAGGGCGGCAACAUAAUAACGUUGUAAAUACAGCCGUGUGUUUUCCUGAAUGUCUUUAUGGGUGCCUGCGCUUGAUUUGCUGAUACCUAUUCCAAACUUUAAACCUACCGGACUCAUCGGCAAUAUUGAUUUCUUAUUUUACCAUGCUGCCCAGGGCGCAUCAUGAACUUGUAUGUCAUGCUACCAGAUAGAGUUAUUGGGUAGCAUUAUAUAUACGGAAACUGUAAUGAAACGCAUUGCGGCUCCAACUACCGGAGACAAAUUCCUUGUGUGUUUCUGACACACUUGGCAAAUAAAGAUGAUUCUGGUUCUGAUAAAUACAGUGGACCCCUGCUAUUCACCGGGGGUUUUGGGACAGAGCCUGAAUAGCGAAUUUAGGCAAAUUGACGCUUCCCUAAAAGUGAUUAUGAUUGCCUAUAUCAGUGUUUCUCAAAGUGUGGUAAGAGUACCACUGGUGGUAUGCAGGCUCCCUUUAGUACUCCAAAGAAUUACGGAAGUAAAGGAUCCAACUGUGCAUAACGUUACACUGGCUUCAAACUUUUUAUAAAUCCAGUACAGCACAUUUGUUGAGUGCAGUUCAGCUGUAUGUACCUUUUAAAUACUAUACAUUUACAGUUAAUUCAGACAUUUUCUCAGAGAAUAUUUGCAAACAAACAAUAACGUUCAUCAGUUUGAACAUUAUAUAGCUUGUCUUUGUAGUGUAAUCAAUUGACUGUAGCUUGAAAAGGAUAUGGGUCAUUCCACGGAUGUGGUGAAAUGUUACGAGCAAUUAUUAUCAAAUAUUAACACACAACAGUAUCGUCAGGAAUCAGGUAUCAACAUGUACAACCCCAAUUCCAAUGAAGUUGAGAAGUUGUGUUAAACCUAAAUAAAAACAAUACAAUGAUUUGCAAAUCAUGUUCAACCUAUAUUUAAUUGAAUACACUACAAAGACAUGAUAUUUAAUGUUCAAACUGAUAAACUUGAUUGUUUUUAGCAAAUAAUCGUGAACUUCGAAUUUGAUGGCUGCAACACGUUCCAAAAAAGCUGGGACAGUUGGCACAAAAAACUGAGAAAGUUGAGGAAUGCUCAUCAAACACCUGUUUGGAACAUCCCACAGGUGAACAGGCUAAUUGGGAGCAGGUGGGUGCCAUGAUUGGAAUUAGAAAAGGAGCUUCCCUGAAUUGCUCAGUCAUUCAAUAGCAAAGAUGGGGCGAGGUUCACCUCUUUGUGAACAAGUGUGUGAGCAAAUAGUCCAACAGUUUAAGGACAAUGUUCCUCAAUGCACAAUUACAAGGAAUUUAGGGAUUUCAUCAUCUACGGUCCAUAAUAUCAUCAAAAGGUUCAGAGAAUCUGGAGAAAUCACUGCAUGUAAGCGGCAAGGCCGAAAACCAACAUUGAAUGCCCGUGACCUUCGAUCCCUCAGGCGGCACUGCAUCAAAAACCGACAUCAAUGUGUAAAGGAUAUCACCACAUGGGCUCAGGAACACUUCAGAAAACCGAUGUCAGUAAAUACAGUUCAGCGCUACAUCCAUAAGUGCAAUUUGAAACUCUACUAUGCAAAGCAAAAGCCAUUUACCAACAACACCCAGAAACGCCGCCGGCUUCUCUGGGCCCGAGCUCAUCUAAGAUGGAACGAUGGAAAGUGGAAAAGUGUUCUGUGGUCCGACGAGUCCACAUUUCAAAUUGGUUUUUGGAAAUUGUGGACGUCGUGUUCUCCGGGACAAAGAGGAAAAGAAUCAUCCGGACUGUUAUGGACGCAAAGUUCAAAAGCCAGCAUCUGUGAUGGUAUGGGGCUGUGUUAGUGCCAAUGGCAUGGGUAACUUACACAUCUGUGAAGGCACCAUUAAUGCUGAGAGGUACAUACAGGUUUUGUAGAAACAUAUGCUGCCAUCCAAGCAACAUCUUUUUCAUGGACGCCCCUGCUUAUUUCAGCAAGACAAAGCCAAACCACAUUCUGCACGUGUUACAAAAGUGUGGCUUUGUAGUAAAAGAGUGCGGGUACUACACUGGCCUGCCUGCUGUCCAGACCUGUCUCCCAUUGAAAAUGUGCGGCGCAUUAUGAAGCGUAAAAUAGGACAACGGCGACCCCGGACUGUUGAACAGCUGAAGCUGUACAUCAAGCAACAAUGGGAAAGAAUUCCACCUACAAAGCUUCAACAAUUAGUGUCCUCAGUUCCCAAACAUUUAUUGAAUGUUGUUAAAAGAAAAGGUGAUGUACCACAGUGGUAAACAUGACCCUGUCCCAGCUUUUUUGGAACGUAAAAUUCUAAGUUAAUGAUUAUUUGCUAAAAACAAUAAAUUUAUCAGUUUGAACAUUAAUUAUCUUGUAUUUGUAGUGUAUUCAAUUAAAUAUAGGUUGAACAUGAUUUGCAAAUCAUUGUAUUCUGUUUUUAUUUGUUUAACACAACGUCCCAACUUCAUUGGAAUUGGGGUUGUAGAUAUAAAAUAAUGUAUCAAUAAUUUUCCAGCUCCAAUUAUUUUGCAAUAAACCAUGUCAAACGUA